AUGGUCGAUAUGAUAUCGACGAUAGAUCUGAUGGAUCUCCGCCGCUCGACGUUGCUGGACGGCGGCUUGUCAGGGGACACACGCUUAACGCUGAAGGAGGUUAUCAAGGACCUCAAAGACCUGAACUGGCAGGAGUGCCACAUCACCUCUCUGCUGACCCAGGGCGCCGCCGUGCCUGAAUCUGCCGUGAAAAGAAGGAAGAAGCCGACUAAGAGAAGAGGUGGAGACUCUGUUAUUUCGGGUGGUACAAAUACUGCUGCAGAGAGUACCACAGAGCGUUUGGUGAAUCCAGGGAGUCGGGGCAGCACCGCAGCGUCGAUUAAUCGGAAAAGAGCCAAGGGAAAGGCAGCGAUUAAGACCAGAUCUAUUGAGGCAGUUACUUCGGAAGGUGCAAUUGUUGGUGCAGAGAGUACUACUGAGGAUUUGGUGUAUCCAGGGAGUCCCUUGGCCGUAAGGCACCCUACUUCCCCACCAUUAGUGCAUCUUGUGCUGAAUACCGCAAACGCCCCCGAGCGGGAGAAGUGA